UAAAUACAGCCUUGAAUUUGUUAUGUGUUUGAUUAAAAAUAUAAUUACGUUAUUAAAAAUUAUAUUAUAAAAAUCGACGCACAGGACUGUAUGUAUAAGAAUUCAAAGGGUAUUUUAGACGCUAACGCGUCAAAACGACACUAGCGCACCUACAAACAGAUAGUAAAAGAAGUUUAGUUGAUGAUUUUUUAUAGUUUGUGAUUACUUCUCUUGGUUAAAUCUACUCUAAUUAAAGUGGUUUAAGGUUUGAUAUAAUUAAAAUAAGUGAUUACUACGAUAACUCUUCAAAAUGGUAGAUGUUUUAGACAUCGAUAAUGCUGAAGAUUUCGAGGUUGAUGAUGAAGGCGAUCAAGGAAUAGCUCGAUUGAAGGAAAAAGCUAAAAGAAGAAAAGGUAGAGGACAUGGUGCUGAAUUGGUGUCAACGCGUGAUGAUGUUGGACAUUAUGAGUCUAUGCACGUUGUAGAAGAAGAUGAUGAUGAACCUGGUCCACAAAGAUCUGUGGAAGGAUGGAUUUUGUUUAUUAAUUCAGUGCAUGAGGAAGCUCAAGAGGACGAUAUACAAGAUAAAUUUUCAGAAUUCGGACAAAUAAAAAAUUUACAUUUAAAUUUAGAUAGAAGAACAGGUUUUUUGAAAGGUUACGCUUUAGUAGAAUAUGAAACGUUCAAAGAAGCGCAAGCUGCGAAAGAGGCAUUAAAUGGUACAGAUAUUUUGGGUCAAGCAAUUUCUGUUGAUUGGUGUUUCGUCAAAGGACCCAAAAAAAUUAGAAAGAGAAGUCAUAGAAGACGGUGAAAAUAAACGCAAGGAUAUAAAUAUAUAUACAAUUAUAUAUUUACAAAAAAAAUUUUUUCACUUUUUCUUUUUAAAAUUAAUGAAUAUUACAUAUAUACAAUUAAGAGUAAUAACAAUAAUGUGGAAAAUGAUACUUGAACAAUAAUUCUGAUCAGAAAAUCUAUCUCUUUUUUUAUCUUUGAAAUGUUACUAUAUUACUCUAUUUUAUUCUAUCUAUUGGAUUUAUUAUCGUAUUCAUUAUAAAAAAAAAAUAAAAUGAUAGAACUUA